AUGCAGCUGGUCAUGGGCAGAGGGGGGCACUACCAUCAUGCCCAUCACUACCAUCAUGCCCACCACUACCAUCAUCCACCCCAUCUGUUGUCUACCUUUUGCGGUGCCCAUCACUACAAUCAUGCCCAUCACUACCAUCCUGCCCAUCACUACCAUCAUGCCCAUCACUACCAUCAUGCCCAUCACUACCAUCAUAUCCAUCGCUACCAUCACACCCAUCACUACCAUCAUGCCCAUCGCUACCAUCAUGCCCAUCACUACCAUCAUGCCCAUCACUACCAUCAUGCCCAUCACUACCAUCAUAUCCAUCACUACCAUCAUGCCCAUCACUACCAUCACACCCAUCACUACCAUCAUGCACACUGUGAAGCUUGGAGAGCGACGAGGCUGGUGGUCUAUACCGGCUCCUCUCAUCUGCUCUACCGGCUCAUCUCAUCUGCUCUACCGGCUCCUCUCAUCUGCUCUACCGGCUCCUCUCAUCUGCUCUACCGGCUCCUCUCAUCUGCUCUACCGGCUCAUCUCAUCUACUCUACCGGCUCCUCUCAUCUGCUCUACCGGCUCCUCUCAUCAGCUCUACCGGCUCCUCUCAUCUACUCUACCGGCUCCUCUCAUCUACUCUACCAGCUCUAUGCGUAA